AUGGAAGCACCAGGGAUGGGUAUUAAUAACCUCCUGCCAUUUGUAAAGAAUGCUUGUCGGCAGGGUAAUGUGGCAGAAUUCGCAGGAUGUUCGGUGGCCGUCGACGUCAGCUGUUUGUUGCAUAGAGGCCUUUUCGGUUGCGUAGAAAGUAUAGUCCAAGGGAAGAAAACGAAUUUGUAA